AGAGCCGGACUUUCACUUAACGACUUACGAACGGAUGAUCUUGCCUUUCAUUUGUGGCGGAAAGGUAGCUUACAUCACUGGUUGAAUGUGGGCGUACGGCAUAGGGUGAAAUACAUUGAUUAAUUAAACUGCAUAUAACUUCACCUCACUUUUUAGGAUGUAAAUCAUAUAGACGAGAUCGUGACGAAUGUUUGGAGGGGCCAGCAAACGGACAAAAAAAUGUUUAAAACAACUUCCAGCAGAAACCCAUAUUCUGCAUUAUUAGCUGCUUUUGUGGUUAUGUGUUCAAUAGUAAUUUUUUUUGUUUACUUACCACAAUUAUCUACCACUGUAUGUCCAUCCACAUUGGAGGAUUUCACAUUGGUAAAGAACAAGCCUCUUCUUUUGCUGUGGUUCUGGCCACUGGGCAGGCGAUGGAAUUUUGGAAGCUGCAAAACCCUGUUCAACAUCGAUAACUGUGUUCUUACAGAUGACCGAUCCCUUUACGACAAAGCAGAUGGAGUUAUCAUUUUCCACAGAGACAUCAUGCAUGACUUGACAAACCUGCCUCGGUCUCCUCGUCCACCUUUUCAGAAGUGGAUCUGGUUUCAUGUGGAAUCACCAGCAAAUACAGCAAAAAUACCAGGCCUGGAAAACCUCUUUAAUCUCACCUUGAGCUAUAGACGAGACGCUGACAUCACUGUGCGAAAUGAAUUGACAGUCUUGAGAAGGACUGAAAUGGAAGGGGAAUUUGUGAUGCCCAAGAAAGACAAAGUAGUUUGUUGGAUUGUGAGCAACAAUGACCCUUCAACUGGGACAUCAACCAGAGCAAGGUAUUACCAAGAGCUUGUGAAACAUAUUAAGAUACAUGUUUAUGGAAGAGCUUUCACAGGACAUUGUUUGAGGUAUGAGGAGUAUUACCCAACUCUUGCCAGCUGUAAAUUCUACCUCGCAUUUGAGAAUUCAAUCCACAGAGAUUACAUCACAGAAAAAGUGAAUGGACCGCUUGUCGCAGGAACUGUACCAGUAGUCCUGGGUCCGCCUCGAGAGAACUAUGAACAGUUCAUCCCACCUGAAUCUUUUAUUCAUAUUAAUGAUUUCUCUAAUGCAAAGGCACUGGCUGACUUCCUGCUUCAGUUGGACCAGAAUGAUGAGAUGUAUCUAAAUUACUUUAAGUGGAGGAGGUACUUCAAAGCCAAGCCCCACCUCCUGACGUUAGAAGAAGAAUUCAUUCAACCUGUCUGUACAGCCUGUGAAUACAUGGCAAGAGACAAUACAUACUACAAGGUUGUCCAUGACCUUUACACUUGGUACUUUGGUUGAAAUAUUCUGUUCUAUGUAUGUAUGUACAGUGGAUAUUAAAAGUCUACACACCCCUGUGA